GUAAAGCUCACAGUUAAGAGUGGCACGUUGAAAUGGAGCACGUGGAGUUUAUGACGACAGAAGUAACAAGAUGAGCACGAGCGAACAUCAUGGUCAAGGGCCAUUGGCCCCAAAACAACAACAUCCUGGUGAGAGAAUACCGGAUCGUGAGAACCAACAUUUACUCGUUCCAACAGCUGACAACCAAAAGAAUAAAAACACUAAAACCGGUCUUUCAGACAAUACCGGACAUUUGCACCCUGGCACUAGCCUUGACACCAGUAGUUUGAGAAGCCGUGGAAGUGACGCCAAACCUUUGUCCAGUGCCUGGCAUACUGCACUAGGUGCUGCUUCCAGCAUGGAUCGUGAAAGGAAAAGACCUGUUCGCAAGGGGCCCAAAAUUGUCGAGCGGCCAGUCCGGGCACUAAUGUGUUUAUCCUUGAAAAAUCCAUUACGGAAAGUGUGUAUCGACUUCGUAGAGUGGAAGCCGUUUGAAUAUCUUAUUCUCUUGACCAUCUUCGCUAACUGUGUAGCAUUAGCCGUAUAUACUCCAUAUCCCAAUAGUGAUUCGAACCAGAUUAACCAGUACCUGGAGAAAGUAGAGUACGUUUUUCUCGUCAUCUUCACGCUUGAAUGUUUUAUGAAAAUUAUUGCCUAUGGGUUACUGUUACAUCCGGGAGCUUAUCUUCGCAAUGCCUGGAACAUGCUUGAUUUUAUCAUUGUUGUUAUAGGUCUGAUUAGCACCGCUUUAUCCACCCUAAUGAAAGAAGGGUUCGACGUGAAAGCCUUAAGAGCAUUUCGAGUUUUACGACCACUUAGAUUAGUAUCCGGUGUUCCUAGUUUACAAGUUGUUCUCAACUCCAUCCUACGAGCCAUGCUACCUUUACUGCACAUUGCCCUCCUUGUCAUAUUUGUCAUCAUCAUCUACGCCAUCAUAGGCCUUGAACUGUUCUCAGGAAAACUACAUAAAACCUGUUUUGAUAAGCUUACAAAUGAAAUUUCAAAUGAACCUAAUCCCUGCUCUACUGGGUCCAGUGGUUACCAUUGUGGUGAAGAUGAGAACCUUGUUUGUCAAGAGUAUUGGGAAGGUCCAAAUGACGGAAUCACAAACUUUGACAACUUCGGUCUUGCCAUGUUAACUGUAUUCCAGUGUGUAACAUGUGAAGGAUGGACAGAUGUAAUGUAUUAUAUGAAUGAUGCCGUAGGAAAUGAAUGGCCGUGGAUUUAUUUUCUUAGUCUCAUUAUCAUAGGUUCAUUCUUCGUACUUAACCUUGUGUUGGGUGUCUUAAGUGGAGAAUUCUCCAAAGAAAGAGAAAAAGCUAAGGCGAGGGGGGACUUUCAUAAACUGAGGGAGAAGCAACAAGUAGAAGAAGACCUUCGUGGUUACUUGGAUUGGAUUACUCAAGCAGAGGAUAUCGAUCCAGAUGAAAAGGAAGGAAGUGAAGAUGCUAGACAUGACGCUUACACGGUCAAGCAAAACGAAAUUGAUGUUGGAGAUAAGUUAGAAGGAGAGACUAGCAGUGCAGAUAAUCUAAAACCUCCAUCAUGGUGGACAGUCAAAAGUAAACAGAUGGAGAAACAGAACAGGAAGCUGAGAAGGGCUUGUCGUAAAGCUGUAAAGUCCCAGGCUUUCUACUGGAUUGUGAUCAUUUUGGUCUUCUUUAAUACACUCACACUUGCAUCCGAACAUUACCAGCAGCCGGGCUGGCUGGACUACUUCCAAGAGGUGGCCAACAUGUUUUUUGUGGUACUCUUCAGUCUAGAAAUGUUGCUCAAAAUGUAUAGCUUGGGAUUCCAAGGGUAUUUCGUAUCUCUUUUCAACCGGUUUGAUUGUUUCGUCGUGAUCAGCUCCAUUCUGGAGAUGCUAUUAACAUACACGCAUGUCAUGCCCCCUCUAGGAGUUUCUGUCUUAAGAUGCGUUCGAUUGCUGCGAAUCUUUAAAGUCACCAAGUAUUGGGCUUCAUUGAGAAACCUCGUAGCUUCACUCAUUAAUUCCAUGCGUUCCAUUGCAAGUUUACUGCUUCUCUUGUUCCUAUUCAUCGUCAUCUUUGCUCUUCUUGGCAUGCAAGUGUUUGGUGGAAAGUUCAAUUUUGUUGAUACUGACGAAAAACCACGAAGUAAUUUUGAUUCAUUUUGGCAGUCUUUGCUCACCGUAUUUCAGAUCCUAACAGGUGAAGACUGGAAUGUCGUGAUGUAUCAUGGUAUCAAUGCUUAUGGUGGGGUUAGUUCUAUUGGUGCUCUGGCUUGCGUAUACUUCAUAAUUCUUUUUAUUUGUGGUAACUACAUUCUGUUAAAUGUCUUCUUGGCUAUUGCUGUCGACAACCUGGCUGAUGCGGAGAGUCUGACUGCCAUUGAGAAGGAAGAAGAGGAUGGGGAAGGCGAAACUGGGGAGGAAAUACAAGAUGUAGUGGAUGGUGACGAGGACGUUAACGAAAACCCACCCGAAAGAAAAAAUAAAAGAAAGAAAAAGAAGAAAAAGAAACUGAUGGAUGAUGAAAUAGAAAAAGAAAAGUUAGGACAGUUAGAAAGAUUUGAUACUUCCCAAAUGAACCAUACACCUUAUGUCAGGGCAUCAGUAGACUUGCUUCAAAAUUCUCCACAUGUAAACAUCCCUCUAGAUGAUGCUUCUGCAGAGCAUGAUGAAGAAGAAUCUGAUGACGAUGAUGAAGAAGGUGAAGACGACGACGAUGAGGAAGAUAAUGAAGAUGAAGACGAAGAAGAAGGUGAAAAUGAAGAGAAGGAGGAUGUAGAAUCUGCUGCAGGUGCUAGACCAAGACGCCUCUCUGAGCUUAACAUCCCCACCAAGAUUCAUCCUAUUCCUCAAGCUUCCUCCUUCUUUAUUUUCUCUAAUACAAACAAAGUUCGAGUCAUGUGUCAUCGCAUUAUCAACCACUCUAUUUUCAGUAACAUAGUCCUAGCUUGUAUCCUCAUUAGCAGCACCAUGUUAGCAGCAGAAGAUCCCCUUAACGCCAACUCAGCCAGAAAUAGAGUUCUCAACUACUUUGAUUAUUUCUUUACCACCGUAUUUACUAUUGAAAUUACUUUAAAAGCUAUUACAUAUGGUGUCUUCCUUCAUAGAGGCUCCUUCUGCCGUAGUGCCUUCAACAUGCUAGACGUUCUAGUUGUUUCUGUAUCUCUCAUAUCCUUUGCUUUCGACAACGAGGCAAUCUCUGUGGUCAAAAUCCUUCGUGUUCUAAGGGUACUAAGGCCAUUAAGAGCUAUUAACAGAGCCAAGGGGCUCAAG